CUCGGUAUUCGUUGUCCCCACACAUUGCUGCAAGUGCGUGCCCAAGCUAGUGUGUGAUAGGGAAGGCCAAACGCUGGUUUUUGUACUUAGAAGAAAAGAUUCCGACAGUAUUGUGCGUAUCAACCUUCUCUCGCCAUGGCGCUCGGAGAUGCUAAAAUCGAACUCUCUGAAGGAAUCAAGUUGAGUGAUCUUCUUGGUGGGGGAGACGUUACCUUCACCGUGAAGGACCUAGGCAAUGAGGAUGAUCCAACAGAUUUCCAGACAGCUGAAGAUGUGUUUGAUCCAGAUGCACUCAUAGACAGUGCCAACUUUGAUACAGUAACUGUACCAGAUGGAUUUGAAAAUAGCACGCCAUUUGAAACUUUGAAAGAGAGAAUGACUGAUGUUCACCCGAAUGGACUGGUGAAGAAAAGAAUUAUUAGAGAGGGAAUUGGAGAAAUUAUUUCCCCUAAUGCCUUAGUCCGUCUUCACUACGAGGGUUAUAUGGAAUUCAAUGAGGUCCCGUUCGACUCCACCCUCCUUCGUGGCCAAUCAGCUGAAUUUGUCUUGGGCUGCUCUGGUAUGAUACCAGGGUUGGAUAUGGGAGUUGCCACUAUGAGGAGUCGUGAGAAGGCAGAGUUUAUUCUUCAGCCGUCUGUUGCAUUUGGUGCAAUAGGCUGUCCUCCACGUAUCCCUCCAAAUUCAGAAGUUUUAUUUGUUGUUGAAGUGAUGAACUGGAAAGAAGGGACAGAGGCUGCAAUCGCUCAAGCUACAGCCAACACCAAAGGAGAGAAAUCAUGGGAUGUGUGCAAAAGUGCUGUCUCUGCUUUGUUGAAGGAGGGUAUUACUCUCUACAAUGAGAGGAGGUUCCAUGAAAGCAAGAUCAGGUUGCAGAAAGCCAAAAAUAUUCUUGCCAAAUGUCACCUGAAAAAUGAGGAAGAGGAAGAAGAGUUUUACAAACACAUGUUUAAGGUUUCCCUUAACUUGGCAAUAGUUUUCAACGAACUGCAUGGCAAUGCAAGCUUUGCACCAUCUGCAAUCAUUCAUCUCAAAGAGGCUGAUAAAAUUCAACCUAAUAAUCACAAAGUUCAUUGCCAGUGGGGCAAAGCACUUAUGUCUUUAGGAGAUUUAGAAAGAGCAAAGGAACAUCUUUUGAAAGCAAUGAGAAUCAAGAAUGAUGACAAAACUAUUCAUGAUACUUUGAAUAAGUUGGAACAGAAAAUUAAGAAAGAAAAAGAAACUGAGAAAGAAACAUGGAGAAGGGCCUUCAAUCCUGAAUCAAAAGUGGUUGAAGAAAAGGCUCAGGAAGAAAUGUCUCCAGAGGCUCAAGAAAUGCUUGCAACUCUUGAAAAGUUUAGUGCUGAUCCUGAUCAGUCCAUGAUGAUUUUACCUGCUGGAUUUACUCCUAAGGAAAGAGAACUCUUUAAAUCUCUUGCAGAAAAGCUCAAUUUAAGUUUUGCAAUCCGAGGGAGUUCUAUUUCUAUCUCUAAGUAAGAAUUCAAAGCUGAAAAUCAUUGCCAUCUGACAUGCCAUCGCCAUCCAUCCAUUUUAUUUAUUAAUUUUUUUAUAUCUUAACAAAUGUUAAUGACUUAUUGUCCUGUGCCUUAAUUUUUUAAAAGGUGUUUAAUGUCAUUCUUUUUACAAGACAUAGUUAUUUUGUUGUAGAACUACCUGUAUGAAGUAUCGGAAUAUUUUUGUAUUUUGAUAAUAAAGUUACUCUUUUUUAAGAAA